GCUCGCUCAGUCGCUGGCUUUCCUCUGUUCUCUCCUGCAUGCUCUCUCCGAUCACAGCUCUCGCUCUCUGCUAGUUUCCUUCUCCGCCGGCUGCUGCUCCGUUUCUCCGGCAACCCCUUCAAGAGAGAAAAGGGUUUGUCAUCACAAUCUUUGCGUAAAUGGCUGCCAGUGGCAGUGGGGCCUCCGACGACCUCGAAGCUCACUGUACAAUCCACGACAGCAUGAGAGGGAAAGUCCAGUGCAAUUACUGUGGUAAGGUAGUGAGCGGAAAGUUCCGUCUCAAGUGUCACUUGGCAGGCGUGAGGGGAGACGUGAUUCCCUGCACAGAAGUUCCCGCAGAUACAAAGAAACUAUUUCACGAUAAGGUACUUGAACAAAAAGACGCGAGUAACAAGGCUUUUAAUAGGGAAGUCCUUAAUCUGGGCACACAAGAGACUCCCUCGAAGAGAAAGAGGGGCCCAGGCACGAAUGGCUGCACACCAAGAAAGAGUCAAUCUACCGAAAGUGCAGGUUCAAGGAAGAGCGAAGAGAUAAUUAGCAUAUCAGAAGAUGGUUCGGAACACCUUUCUCCACUUUCAGAAGACGUAGGUUUAUGGGAGAGGACAUUUAGUGAAGGCAAAGAGUACAGAUCGUCAAUGCGCGCCCGACUUGUUGGCCGAUUCUUCUAUGAAAAUGGUAUUGAUCUUAAUGCUGUCAAUUCUCCUAGCUUCCAGGAAAUGAUGAAUGCUAUGGUUGGCAAUGCUCAUAGCGAUGACGAGAUCCCCAGUUACCAAGAGUUGAAAGGCCCGAUCCUUCAGGAAGAAGUGAAAGAAAUGAGACAGUAUGUCCAAACGGUUAGGCAAUCAUGGGAGACUACGGGGUGCAGCAUCCUGCUGGAUGGAUGGAUAGAUGAGAAAGGCAGGACCUUAAUCAACUUUUUGGCAGACUGCCCGAGAGGUCCCAUUUAUCUCUCGUCAACUGAUGUUUCUUCUUGUGUUGGUGAUGUUGAUGCCUUUCUGUCAAUAUUAUAUGGAGUAGUUGAGGAGGCUGGACUUGACAAUGUUGUUCAGGUCGUGGCGUGGUCAUCGGAGAGUUGGCUGGAGGAUGCAAGCAGGCAGUUCAUAGAAAGAUACAAGACAGCUUUGUGGAGUGUGAGUGCUUCUUACUGCAUCGAACUCAUGUUGGAAAAGAUUGGGAUGAUGAGUUCUGUCACAGGAGUGAUGGAGAAGGCCAAGACUCUCGUAGAGUUCAUCCACACUCACGCAGCUGGCUUGGAACUAACGAGCACACAAACCCUUGGCCAUGAACUUAUCAAGCCCCAGAAGAUAAUGUCAGCUAUCCCAUAUAUGACAUUGGAGAAUAUUGUAUUGGGAAAGAAGAAAUUGAGGGAGAUGUUCCGGUCAUCCACAUGGAGCACCUCAGUUCUGGCUUCGAGCGAGGAGGGAAAGAAGGUAGCGGACCUGAUAAAUAAUCCCUCUUUCUGGUCUGGAGCCAGAAUGGUCUUAAAGGCAACGGUGCCAUUGUUGCGUUUACUGUGUUUCAUUCGCAGGGAUGAUAUACCGCAUGCGGCGUACCUAUAUGAAACUAUGGAUCAGGUGAAAGAAACAAUUAGAAACGAGUUUAAGAAGAACGAGUCCAUGUACAUGCCCUUCUGGAAAAUAAUUGAUGAGGUUUGGAAUACCGAUCUACACAGCCCACUCCAUGCUGCUGGAUAUUUUUUGAACCCAAGUCUCUUUUAUUCGAGUGACUUUUACUGCGACGGAGAGGUGGCCUUUGGCCUCCUGUGUUGCAUGGUGCUGAUGGCUCAUGAUCGUGAGACUCAUGCCUUAAUCUCGUUUCAACUUGACAAUUACCGACACGCUGAAGGUGCUUUUGCAGAGGGGAGUGCUGCUGCCCAAAGGAACAUUUCCCCAGUGGACUGGUGGUCUAGGUUUGGAGGAGAAUGCCCUGAGCUGCAGAGGUUUGCUAUCCGGAUCUUUAGUCAGACCUGCGACGGUUCUUCAAAGUACGGGCUAAAAAAGGACAUGGCCGAGAAGCUUCUGGACGGUGCAAGAAACCGUGCGGAUCAAGAGGAAUUACAGGACCUGACAUUCUUGAGUUACAAUCUUCACCUGAAGCAAUUUCACUCUAAAGCUGGUUAGGAACAAUGCCUAGCCUGUGAAGAUGUCUGGAUGGAUUGUGGGACGGGGGAUGGAAUGCCUGGAAGCAUGAGCGCAGAUGAUGAGUAGGUGGUUCUUUUUGUGGGGCAAGUUUGGAACUCGACGCAACUAGGACCAAUUUUCCAGUUGGCUCAUCUUCGGGAAAUGGUGAAGAUGUUAUCUGCGAUUGAUUUUCCGUGAGACCGACGGAUCCUUAAUUUUCUUGGUGUGUUGGUAUUUACAUGUUUUGAUAAGAAAAUGGUUAAGUCCAUUUUUGUUCUCCAUACUCUUGUUGAAAUGUGUUAUUGGGUUAUCUGACUUGU